CCCAGCGCUGCAGAGCCGGGGGACCGCAGGCGCUGCGGGCUCAGCUCCCAUGCGGGCGCAGCUCUGGUUGGAGGCUGGGACACGGCUCUGGCAGUGGCUUAUGGAUGGAGCGAUGACUGGACGGCUUCUGUCACUUCCAUCGGACCCCUGUGCUGCAUCCUCUAGUGCUUCCCAGCUGGCGCAACUGGAGCUGGGUCAGGAGGCUGAACCAGAGGUAACUUCCAGGUCUGCAGACAAGAGAAGAUGAAGGAAGAGUGUCCAUCCAGCUCUCACGUGCCCAUCAGUGACAGCAAGUCCAUCCUUAAGUCGGAGCUCUUGAGCCUGCUGAAAACCUACAACUGCUACCAUGAGGGCAGAAGCUUCCAGCUGAGGCACCGAGAGGAGGAAGGGGCUCUGAUCAUCGAGGGACUCCUCAACAUCGCCUGGGGACUCAGACGGCCCAUCCGACUCCAGAUGCAAGAUGACCGGGAGCGAGUGCACCUCCCCUCAGCUUCGUGGGCACCUGGACAGCCCAGCUGCCCACUAAAGGAACCACCUCCCCAGGACAGCAAAAUCACUGCUGAGGAACCAAGCACUCAGACUGUGCCCAAAGCUGAGAGUUCCAGAGAUGGCUCAGGGUCCCUGGAGGAAGAGGAGGAAGUACCACAGUUGAUGAGGACCAAGAGUGAUGCCAGCUGUAUGAUCCAGAGGAGGCCCAAGUGCCGUGCACCUGGCGAGGCCCAGCGGAUCCGCCGACACCGAUUCUCCAUCAAUGGGCACUUUUAUAAUCACAAGACCUCUGUGUUCACUCCUGCCUAUGGAUCCGUGACCAACGUGAGGGUCAACAGCACCAUGACCACUCUGCAGGUGCUCACCCUGCUGCUGAACAAGUUCAGAGUGGAAGAUGGCCCUGGUGAGUUUGCACUGUACAUCGUCCAUGAGUCUGGGGAGAGGACAAAAUUGAAAGACAGCGAGUAUCCACUGAUUUCCAGAAUCCUGCAUGGACCCUGUGAGAAGAUCGUCCAGAUCUUCCUGAUGGAAGCCGACUUGGGCGAGGAAGUCCCCCACGAUGUCGCUCAGUACAUUAAGUUUGAAAUGCCGGUGCUGGACAGUUUUGUUGAAAAAUUAAAAGAAGAGGAGGAAAGAGAAAUAAUCAAACUAACCACGAAGUUCCAAGCCCUGCGUCUGACAAUGCUGCAACGCCUAGAACAGCUGGUGGAGGCCAAAUAGCAAGCCAGCACAUGUCUCUUCUAAUGCCCACUGCAGCAAGUGCACAUGGAGUCCCAGCAGCCAGGCCUUGACUGGUCACACUCAUUAAUGGCUGCCUGAGGAAUCUAGUGCCUGUGUUUUUAACCUGUCUGAAGUCUAAGCAUUGUGAGUCCUGCAUUCCUAUCCUUGGCUCCAUAGUGAGCACCCACAGGAAGCAAACCCAGGCCCCAGGAGCCAGGAACUUGCCAAUUGUGUUCUGUUUGGCAGGCUAGCCUUGACGUGAUUGGCACUGAAACUGAGCCAAUGGCUGUGUCUCCUGCUCAGGAGAAUAGUAUCUGACUAGCCCCUGGGGUGUAGGCUUCAUCCAUUGGCCUAGUACCUGGCUUAGAGUUCCAGUAGGGCCACCAAGCACUCACUGUCCUCAUUCUCCAUGUGCACCACGAGAUCCCUGUCAAUCCCAUAUCAUACUGCUACUUGGUUACUCUACUGGGGAAAGCAGGUGUUGCCAGAAGUUAUGGGAUAUACCCUGUUUCCAGCUAUCACUUUAUCACAAUAUCCCAGGCCUCUAAACCUCUUUGCACAGCCCAGCACCUCUACUGCAGAGCCUAGAUCAGGAAUAAAACCAUGGGGAAUCCAACUGCUUUCUGCAGAGAUCAUUCUUCUCAACAAAGCCCAAAGGAAUUAUUAAAAGAAGCUUGCUGAAAGAAAUUCACCAAUUUAAUCACGUUGGGGAGGUGGCUUCUAUGGUAUUGAAUGGACACUGCUGGCAGUGGCUUAAGAAGGCAGUGCUUGGCCCUCAUCACCACUGUCCUGCGGACACCUAUCUGCCUCGUGCCUUCUCUGGACAUGUGUACUUCCUAUGUAGUGGACAGGGGACAACUGUAAACACUUCCCUGUGUGGUAAUGAGGAGAAAGGUCUGUUUGGGGAGAAAGGGCUUUAAAUUCCCUGGGGCCAGAUACUGAGAAAUUUGUGUUUGUGGACUAUUGGAGAAUUUUUGGAGUGAAUGAGAAAUCCUUUGCAAAAACUGUAACAGUUUACAUCAGCCAUGUUAGUCUAAAACAGAAAACAGAAGAUCAAAUUCUUCUGCUGGGGUAUGUGAAUGGCAGAUUUAAAAGGAAGAACCAUAAAGACUUACAAAGAUAGGAGAGAUUUCAUCAGCUAGGCAUGUAGAAGCUCCUUAUGGGGUCCCCAAAAGAGCAGAGCAUGGAAACAAUCCGGCGGUGUGGAGUCACUUGUCAGGGUAGACUUCAUACCAGAUUGCCCUCACCCAGAUCUGUCACCAUAGAGACUCAGAGAUUCCAGGGGAGGUCUGACAGCAGUUCUCUUGUCUUUUCUUUUGAUUGGCAGUAUAUUUUCUUAGGUGCUCAAUAAAGGUGUGCUGUAUUAAACUGAAGAAGUGAAGACCAAGCUUUUCUUUUCUUUUUCUUUCUGCAUAUCCAUAUUGACCUCUUCUUCUAAUCUCUAAAUCUCUUAGAGAGCUUGGCAGGAGAGCCAAAACCCGAUUCAACAGGACUCCUGUGUUUUUCAGGCAUAGCCUGGGGAUUGGUGUGGGGUCUGAGGUGAGACUGCUGUAGGACAUGAAGGAAGAGUCACGGUGACAGCCUAUGAGUGAUCUGAGCAAUAAGGUCACCCUGCAUCAAAGAAUCUUAGCAUCAGAAAGGCCUCAGGAAUCUUCCAAGCAGUGGCUCAGUAAAGGGUAAAAAAGGAACCAAGCAGAAACUUUCAGGUAAUUUUAUUUGCUCACCAGUCCAUAUUUAUAACCUCAGGCCUGACAAUUGCCCGUCUAUUGUUCAGGAGUAACUGAGUGACUGCCUUAUGCCAGACCUGGGCCCAGCCUGGAAGAACAAGAUGGAGUGACCAUCUGUCCUGUGUUCAGGGAUCUCCUUGUCAAAGCAGGCCAUCUGGGAAUGUCAGGAGACCAGUUUAGCAAGCCAGCUAAUCUCCCAGGAAGGAGGCCUGAGGCUGAGCUGCGAAUGGCCAAGAUAGUGUGUGUGUUUUUGCAGGCCAGGAGACCCAUGCCAGUGAGGAGCAGGACAGGGGCCCAAUGUUUUGAAGCCACUGCAGCAGGAAACUCCAUAAGUUCCAACUUGGUUGUUUAGUUUUUAUAGAUGCUAAAAUACUAUUUACGGCCUUUUUAGCUAAGUGUCACUUUCAAAAUAUACAUUAUCAAAACUGAUUCCUGAAUAUCAUAGCUAGGAAAAGUUUGUACCAAGUUGUAUAGAAAAGGAUAUGCCCUCUCCUGGAAUCCUCUCAGGGCCCACAAAUGUUUCUUUCAAUACCACGUUUGUUUUCCUGAGGCAAUCAGAAAAGGAUUCAUCCAGGUCACCCCAACACCAGGAUUUCAUAUUUUAGACUUUGUGAUUUCUUAUUGAUUUGGGGGGAGCAUCAGCUUCAUAUAGUUUACAGUAUUUCUCUUAUGAGAUAGUAAAAGUAUCUGAAGAUAAAGAUCCCUGCAAGAAUGUGCUGUCUUCCUAGGCCAGCCCUCAGGGACCAGCGAGUAUAAUAAACAACUCAGGAUAAAUCAACAUGAUUGCAAAAGGACUGGAAUCUGGAAAAACAGGGUUGUUUGUCCAGAACAAAUGAGCAGAAGGGAUCAAAAAAACAGCUUGUUUUUCUGCCAUGAUAACCAUGUGCUACCUGCUUGGAGUGUUUACCAGAAAGUGGAUUAAAGGCCUUCUCACUGUCAAAUAAAUCCAUCUACCCAGGAUACAUCUGGCCCCUAAAUUCUAGAGAAACAAGGCCCAAGGUUUAUGCAGUCUGACCAGGUGAUUUGUAGAGGAAUCAAGAAUGCCCAAUGUGCCCAUAUGUGUAGAGCACAGGCACCCCGCAGCUGUACAGGAAGCAGUGAGAUAUCUUUGUCAGGUGCAGGGGUGAGCUGCAGCCCCCCCUGACCCUCAGUUCCUCAGCAGUGUUCAGGCAGGAAGCUCAGUUGGUCAGAUCCAAGCAGCUCCAAGUGUAAAAACAGCCAGAUGCACACACUAUAUUUAGAACUCACAAGCUGUGAUUGGGAGUGAGCCAGCUGUCGACGUGCUAGAGAUGCACAGCAUGCAGGAUGGGGCACUAAACCCUCCUUGUGGGGCUUUAACAGAGAUAUUUUCUGCAGGCACAGGAAUGGGAAUUCCCAGGGUUUCCUUUCCCAAAGAGCUGAGAGGAAACUAUCUCAGCUUAGUAGACAGAAACAUUGUUCAGGGACCUUGUGCUGAGGGGUCUGCUUUGUGGGAAAUGUACCACUCCGGCCCCUUCAUUCCUGUCACACUUGACUGGCUUGUUGCACUAGGUUUGUGGCUCCAUGUUGCCAAACGCAGCACUCCCUGUUGAGACAGUGCUUGUGACUGUGAGCGUGUGUGUUUGCAUGCAAACACGUAUUCACACACAAGGGAACAAGGAGUUCAAGGGAAAAAGCCAAAGGAAAAGGAAGCUGUCUUUCCAGGAUGUUUCUCAGCUCAGAAAAUCCUUCUUCCUAAAAAGAGCCCUUCAAACACUGCCACCCCCUCAGCAACACAGAGAAAUCCCAGCUACGGAGAGGCUGACCCUCUUUUGGCUCAAGUUCCCCAGAAAGAUGCAAAGUUAGAUGCCUAGGCUGUGCAUGCCUCCUCCCUCUUCCCGCUUCUUUGUAUUUUGUAAGUAUAGUGUGUGAACCCUCUCAAUAAUUUAACUGACAUAAAAACAACCUGGAAUUCCAGACUUCCUGGCUUCAGAGUCUGACUGUGUCACUGAUAAAUGUGUGACUUUGGGUGUUUGGGGAAAAUUGGGUCCUAGUGUUUGAGAAUUGGCCACCAAAGGCAGAAGUUGUCAUGAGAUUGAAGAAAGGCAGAUAGAUCCAGGAUUGUGCAAAGUGAAUUCAUCAGUGACUUGCAGACUGAAGUGUGUCUUGGGUGGCAGCAAACUAUGGAUCUCUGCACAUCAAGGCAGAAAGAAAGGAUUUAUAUAUGUUUAUAUGUUAAGCUAGACAAAGGUAAUAUUUGUACCAGAGUAUACCUGGUUUAAAAAAAAAAGACUAUUAACAUAUCCAACAUCAAUUAAGAAACAAUCUGGGUGUCAGUGACCAGAACACCAUACUUAGCUGACUAUCUUAACAAAUUUGUCCUAUAAAGUUUGGGAUAUGUGCCAGGGUCAGCUGGUAAGCAAAAUGGUGGUUAUAAUAAAGACAGAUGUAGUCAUGUCAAGCUGGAUCCUACAUUGGGCAAGUUACUUGCCUCAGUUUUCCUAUCAGAAAAAUGGGGCGAUAAUAACAAUUCCUCUCUCAAGGUUGGUAAAAGGUAUAUUAGCUUUUAGGGCACUAACAAAUGGCAUCAAGAAUCUCAGCCUACAAGAACAUUUAUUUCUCUCACAUGUUCCAUGGGAUUGUACUGACUACAGGUGCUCCAUUGUAUCUUUCCAUCCUGGGUCCUAGGCUGAAGGAGCAGCCCCUCUUAUUCUUGAGGCAGAGAGAAAGAGCAGAGUGCUGGGGCAGAAGCACAGUGACUCAAAGCUGCUGCUGGGCUGGGAUGUGUCUCCCAUCCACUCAUGUGCAAGUCAUGUGAUAAAGUCUACAUUGGUGGGAUGGGCAUAUUGUUCACUAGGAGGCACGUAGAGUCACAUGGCAAUGACCAAUAAUGGAAAAUCAGAGAAGGGUGUCACAAAUGCACAGGUAUAAUCAUACCAUGGGAAUAUUAAUAAGGUACUGCAAGUGCUUUAAACAGUGGCUGGCACAAAAUAAACCUUCAGCAAAUGUUAACUAUUUUUAAACUAAUAAAUUAUGAGCAUAAAAUUGCACCUAAUUAUUUUCAGUUCUUUUUUUUCUUUUCCCCUUAAUUACUCAUGUCCUAUUCCAUGUUCUUUCUUCAUCCUUACCUCUUACUCCAUCCACUCUUGGCCAUUUGCCUCUUCAUAUUUCAUCUUCCUUUUAAAAUUCAUAAUUCAUUACCCAGUUCUCUAAUCUGCAUACCCCAUGGGACUUCUGUGGCUGGCUCAGUUGUUUUCAGGAUAGGAAAAGGAAAAUCCACCUUUAAGUGGGACAUGGCAAGACUUAGUUUUUAAAUUUAUGGCUGUCUUACAAAACGUUUUUGAAAAUUUUUAUUAUUUUCACAUACAUAGAACAAAUAGUCCUAGCAGAUAAUCUUUGCUCUUUAAACUUCCUAAGCCAUCCCUGGCAUCUCUGGUUAUUGCCUUUCAUCCCCAGCACCUCCAACCACCAAUAUCAAUAGCUUGUAACAAUAAUUUAAAAAUAAAAGUAAUAACAAUG